AUGCCAACUCCAGCUCAAUGGAUCAAUAUAUUCAAUCCUGCAUUUUCAUAUUAUGCAUACUAUUGUUAUGCUAACCUCCACACCCUGAACAAGCUCCGCGAGUCGAAGGGCAUGACAACUAUCAAAUUCCGCCCUCAUUCAGGGGAGGCGGGUGAUAUUGACCACCUUGCUGCAACAUUUCUUAUAGCUCAUAAUAUUGCACAUGGAAUUAAUCUGAGGAAAUCUCCUGUAUUACAAUAUUUGUACUACCUGGCCCAGAUUGGUCUGGCUAUGUCUCCUCUGAGCAACAAUUCCUUAUUUUUAGACUACCAUCGGAACCCUUUUCCUAUGUUUUUCCUACGGGGCCUCAAUGUUUCCCUGUCUACUGAUGAUCCUUUACAAAUCCACUUAACAAAAGAGCCCCUGGUGGAAGAGUAUAGUAUAGCUGCUUCUGUUUGGAAGUUAAGUUCCUGUGAUCUGUGCGAGAUUGCUCGUAACUCAGUCUACCAAUCAGGCUUCUCACAUGCUCUGAAGUCACACUGGGUUGGGAAGGAAUACUACAUAAGAGGACCGGAUGGAAAUGAUAUUCACAGGACAAAUGUGCCUCAUAUCAGACUGGAAUUCCGUGAUACGAUAUGGCGAGAGGAGAUGCAACAAGUUUAUCUAGGCAAAGCUGUAUUUCCUCGACACAUUGAGACAUAG